AUGUUUCCAACUCAGACCGCAGCCCAGAAUGUCGAACGAGCCGAGACCAUCAUCAUCGGGGGCGGCAUCGCGGGCACGAGCAUCGCCUACCAUUUGGCCCGCCAGGGCCAAAAGGACGUGGUGCUCCUGGAGAAGUCGGAGCUGACGGCCGGGUCGACGUGGCACGCGGCGGGACUCACCACGAAUUUCCAGGGCGUCGUCAAUCUGAAAAGAAUACAUUAUUACAGCUUGAAUAUGUACGCCCACAUAGCAGCAGAAACCGACCAGGAGAUUAACCUUCACCUUCCUGGGUCACUUCGCAUCGCCACAACGCCCACGCGAGUUGACGAGAUGAAGUACCAGAUGUCCCGCCACGGCCACCACGAAGCCCCCCAGUGUCUCGUCACUCCUGAACAGGUCAAAGAACUCGUGCCCAUUGCGAACAUCGACAACGUGCUGAUGGGUCUCUACACACCGUACGAUGGCCACGUCGACCCCUACUCCUUAACGCAGGCCAUUGCCAAAGGAGCGCGCAAGUUCGGCGCCAGGAUCCUGCAGGCGACGGGGGUGACGGCGCUGCGGCUUCGUGAGGACGGUCGGUGGGUCGUGACGACGCCUCAGGGAGACAUUCUGGCCAACAGGGUAGUGAACGCGGCAGGAUUCUGGGCCAAGGAGGUCGCUCAGCUGGCCGGCUCGGACCUCCCCCUCGUCCCGAACCACCACCAGUACCUCGUGACGUCGACAGUCCCGGAGGUGAAGGCGCUGAAGAAGGAGAUCCCCGUCCUGCGGCACCUCGAGGGGUCCUUCUACCUCCGCAUGGAACGAGACGGCCUCCUCAUCGGACCUUACGAGAGCGAGAAGACCAUGAGACAGUGCAACGACUGGGUCACGGAUCGAGUUCCUCCGGGCUUCGGCAAGGAGCUCUUUGAACCCGACCUCGACCGCCUGGAGCCCCACCUGGAGGUCGCCAUGGAGCUGGUACCUUGCUUCGCCCACGCCAACAUACAGAGUGUCGUCAACGGACCCAUUACAUACACACCGGAUGUUCUGCCGUUGAUUGGGCCGGAUAUGCUGCCCAAUAUGUGGAUAGCUGCUGGGUUUGGCUACGGCAUCGUCCACGGCGGCGGCAUCGGGAAGUUCCUCGCCGCGUGGAUCCUGGACGGCCAACCCCCCUCGAGCUUGAACGAGUGCGACCCCGGGAGGUUCAACAAGUGGGCCGACAACACCUUCGUCAUGGCCAAGGCGCGAGAGUCCUAUGGGAUGAACAACGCCGUGUCCUACCCGCACGAGGAGCGGUUUGCGGGACGCCCAACCAGCCGGGUAUCAGGUGCUCACGACCUCCUGGAGAAGCGCGGCGCCCGAAUGCACAUCCACAGCGGCUGGGAGCAACCUGCCUGGUUCGCCGGUCCUGGAAACACCCCGGAAUACUGUCCCAGUUUUAGGAGGACGAAUUGGCAUGAACCAGUGGGCAGAGAGGUCGACCUUAUCAUGAAAACGGCGGGAAUUAUCGACCUUACGCCCUUCGCGAAACUGAUCGUCAAGGGACCACAAGCGGCAGAAUUUCUGAACUACGUCGGCGCUAACAAUGUCCCCAGACUCGGCCGAACGGUGAUCACCCACGUGCUGUCUCCCUCCGGCCAUGUCUACGCCGAACUCACCGUCACGAGGACCCAUGAGGACACGUUCCUGGUCAUCACCGGGUCAGGCUCGGAGCUGCACGAUCUCAGAUGGCUGGAGGAUUUCGCCCGCCGAGGCAGCUGGCAGGUGAGCUUCGGCAACUGCACCGAGGACGUGGGUUGCCUCAGCAUCGCCGGACCGAAGUCGAAGGAGAUUCUCGCCACGAUCGCGCCAGAGUUCAAAGGGAAGUUCCCCUUCUUCUCGUCCAAGGAGGUCGAUCUGGCCGGCGUGAAGACGACGGCGAUGCGUAUCUCAUACACGAAACUGGGCUGGGAGUUGUACCAUCCGCGUGAACAGACGGCACAGCUGUACGAGGCCCUGCUGCACCACGGAGAGCCCUUCGGAGCCAACGACGUGGGCACCAUCGCUGUGAACGUCCUGCGCCAAGAAAAAGGCUUCAAAAUGUGGGGCGCAGAGAUGAACAUGGACACCACCAUCAUAGACGCUGGGUUGAUGAGCUUUGUAAAUAUGAACAAGGGAGAUUUCGUGGGACGAGAUGCGUUGGUGGAGCUACUGAAGAAGAGACCCAGGAAACACCUUAUUCAAAUGACAAUUGAAACUGACGAUCACGACCCCCAUGGCGACGAAACAGUCUGGCUCGGAAACAAGGCUGUUGGGAACACGACCAGCGGCUGCUACUCGUACCACCUCGGAAAGUCUUUGGCCUUUGCUUAUGUGCCUCCUCUCCUGUCCGUGCCUGGAACUGAAGUACAGGUCGAACUCCUUGGCGAGAUGCACACCGCCACCGUCUUGGCUGGGCCCCCUGUCCUGACACACACAGCCCGAGCCAAGAAGUAAUCUUUCCUGCAUUCUUUGACGUCUAAACACAGAGAGUUCCUGGGACGCUGUACUUGUUUAAUAUGGAUUGCACAGUCCAUAUCUUAAUCGUAUUUUGUAUCAAGAUAUUUUGAUAUUUUACCCAUAAUUGUUGUUUUAAUCUUUUGAUAAUAACGUUUUUUUUAACUGAUUAGAUUUUAUUAAACAUCUUUGGUAUGGGAUGAGGCCAUUGUACUUGUAUGCGUGUAUAUAUGUAUGUAUGAAUGUAUAUUCGGGUGCAAAUAUUACUAUGCUGUUGUGACUUAUAUAUCUCCUGUGAUAUCAGACCGCUGUUGU